AAUUUAAAAACAUGGGCUUUAAUUGGGGUUUAAUUUUGGUGUAGUUUCGUGCGAGUCAAGUUUUUGGCGCCGUUGCCGGGGACAACGGUAUGUUAUUCAGAAAAAGUUGUUGGUUGUUAAUCUAGCUUUUAAUUUAUAGUUUUGUAAGUGUGUGUCACGUUCUUUGCUUGUGCUAGACUUGGUGUUUUCCGAUUGUGUGUAGGAGGUGCAUGACCCGGAGUAACCCGACGCCCUUGGUACUACUUGACGAGGACAUAAACCGAACUCUUCGACUCCUAGCAAGGGAGAGAGAGCUAGCCGAGGCAAGGAGAAGGAGUGAGAGAGGGGGACAACAAUUGGGUUCCGGUGUUAGUGGAGAAGUAGUUGAAGAAGUAGAAGUUGAGCCCGUCAUUGAAGAGGAAAUGGUGGAGAAACAAAGGCAAGAUGGAGCAGCUCAAGUCCGCCAUAUGAAUGAGGAGGCGGGAGAAGAAGGAGCCCCUAGGACGAUGGGGGUACUAUAUGGCCCUAAGGCCGGCCGACAUUCAAUCGCCUAUCAUACAUCCUCCGGUGGCGGCAAACAAUUUCGAGAUCAAGCGGCUCUAGUGACUAUGAUACAAAACAAUGCUCUCUUCCACGACCAUGAGAGCAAGUCACCAAGAGAGCACGUGCAGAGAUUCUUGUAGCUCGUGAGGAGCUUGAAGAUUAAUGGUGUGCCGGCCGAGGAUUUGCAACUAAGUCUUUUCCCAUACUCACUCUCGGGGAAGGCACUUAGGUGGCUAAACAACCGCCCACCUCGGUCUAUCACCUCAUGGGACGACCUCCUUAACAAGUUUAUGGCUCGUUAUUGUCCGCCUUUGAAGGCGAUGGAGUGGAGAAAGAAGAUUACACAUUUCGAGCAAGAAGAGGACGAAACCUUGAGGGAUGCUUGGGAGAGGUACUCUGAUUACUUUCUUCACUGCCCCCACCACGGGUUUGAGGAACAGUUUCGGAUUGAAACCUUCUACGGAGGCCUAUUGCAAGAAGAUAAGAUCCUCAUCGACUCCUUAUGUCAUGGCAAGGUGAUGAAUAUGGCUCCGCCCCAAAUUACCGAGAUCGUUGAAGAUAUGUCCCUUAGGGGGUAUGAUUGGGGGUUGACUAGAAGUGGAAGAAGAAGCAAUGAAAGGGGAGUGAGAAGCGUGGGAGCGAGUGCUCCGCUUGAGGCAAAGUUGGAUAAGUUACUUGAAGUUAUGCUUGAAGAUAAAAGGCAAGGAAAACGGGCGGUAAUGUUGUGCGACUGGUGUAACACCCUAACCCGGCCGGGUACUACUUUUACUAAAAUGCCCUUGAUAAAGAAAAUACUAAAAUGCUCCUAGAAUCCACCACUUCCACCUCCAAGUUCUCAUUGGUGAUCUGAUAGCAUUUUUUGGCUUGUUGAGUGUUUCCCCUUAUGCAACCCACGAUGCGUCCUGAUGGGAACUUCAGCAUUUGGUGACAAGUGGAGGGAAUCGGUUCGAAGGUUUCUAUAAAACCCCGUCCAAGUAUUGCAUUUAUGGUGAAGGGCAAUCAGCAACAUGAAAGUUUGAUAACACCCAAAUUGUACCAAGUAUUGUGUUGUAUGAUGGACCAUCCUUGCAAGAAAGAGCCUCUGAUGUGCAACUACCACAUGCUCCAACCGUACAUCAAAGACAACUUGGCAUCUAGGAGCCAAUUUCUAUCUAUUAUAUCUAUUUAUUUUUAAAUACAUAGUAUGUUUAAUAAAAUAUCUAUUUGAGG